AUGAAAGAUUUCACUAAAUUUGUUCUAUGCGCUUUAGGUGGAGCUAUUGUAGGCCUCAUAUAUAAAUUAAAUAAGGCAAAAGUUAAUAAAAAUCAAAUUGAAUUAGACACUCUUAAAAAUUAGAGGAGUGUUACUGUUUCCCUACUAAAGAAUUCCUUUUUGUUAACAGAUGAUAAUUAAGUAAGUUUGUUUGUUGAAGGAGAAGUUGCCUAAAACACAGAGAUGUUAAAAAGUGCAAAUAGCAAAUAUACAGGUGUUUAUAUACAGAGAUCGAGCUAUGAAUUAGAGGCUGUAGAAAACAAUGGAAGGAAAUCAUAAUAAAGAAGAUAAACCAGCAAAACAAUAAACACAACAGAUUCUUUUAUUUUACAAUCGCAUCUAAAAACGGAUGAAAACUUGCUGAUAAACAAUUUUUCUGGCACAAUAGUCUUGCCUAAAGUGUUAAAGCAUCAAUAAACAGAUCAAAUUUUAAAUCCUCCUGAAAUUAGAACAAUAACGAGAGAGCCUUAAACAGAUGUAGAAAAGGCUGAAUUUAAAGAAGGAAAGUUAAAAAAGUUUUUAACAACUAUUUCAAAAAUUGGAGUUGUUAUUGAAGAAGACAUCUUAUGUGAAGGAACUUUUAUUUGUGUUUAUGGCAACGUUGUUUGGGAUAAAGUGUAAAAUACUUUUAUAAUAAAUGCUCCUAAAUAUUUUGGUGUCAGCAAGGAAUAAAUUAUUGAAUAUUUUGAAGCUGACUAAUACUUUUUAAAAUUCGUAGGAAUACUCUUAGCAAUUGUUGGAACAACAUUUUCUAUACUCGCUUUAAAAUAUCUACAUAAGACCUUAUCUAAUAAUGAAGAUGAGAAAAAAGCGAAGUGAAGAAAUCUAAAACAAAAUGAAUUAUCAUUACAUUAUCAUAGCCGAAAAUC